AGAAGAAAAUAAUUCUUUGAAAAAGUGAUUAGUUAAUUUUCAUUUUCUCUUUUUAAUUGUUUACUUAUUGUUUCAAUUUUUUUCUUUUCGAAAAUUUAAAAUUUUGUUAACCAAUAGUUUUCCAUUAUAUUAUUCAAAUUGUGGUGAAAUUGGUAACAAUUAACUUUCCAAAUGAUAAUUGUUACAAGUUUUAAGAAAAAGUGAAAAGAAGAAGAAAAAAAAUUACUUAAUUGUUGAUUAGAGUUAAUCACAAUCAGGCUAAUUAUUAAAUUACCUGAUAACAUUAAUAGUAACGUUUAACCUGAUUAAACUUUUGUAUUGUUUCAUUUUUCACUAAUUGUUGAGACUUGGGUGGUAAAUCAAAUUUGAUUGUUUGUCCCAAACAUUUAACCAAAACUUUUCAAACAAUUAACAAAACUUUCUCAUAUGUGUAUCAUUGCUGAUUAACGGCUACAUAUAAAUUGUUUCUAAUCAACUGAUUGUCCAAUUUACCAGGAGCAUCAUCAUCAUCAUCAUCAUCAUCAUUUGGAUUAAUUAACUGUAACUCCAAUUAGGAAUGAAUAAAUUGUAUCAACUGGAAUUCCAUAUAAUCUGAUAAUCUGAUUGUGAUCGUGCUUUUAAUUACUGUUCAAAGUGUUAAAGUGAUACUAAUUAAAUAUUUGUGAAAAAAUUUGUCCAACUUAAUCAUGAAAACGGCAAUUUUGAGUAGUUAUCAUGGUUCAUCCUCAUCUUCAUCCUCUUCAUCAAAUAGUAAUAAUAGUUUAUUGAUGAAAUUUAUGUUCCGUCCAUCGUCAUCUUCAUCUUCAUCAUCGGUCUCUGAUUCUACCUCACCUUCAUCUUCAUUGUCUCCAUCUCCAUCACCUUAUGGACAUUAUCGUAAACCCUCAAUCAUUGGAAGUUGUGAUGUUCUUGAUGAUGAUUUAAGUAACAGUGUUGAGAAUCAGUGGAUAGUACAGAUUAAUAAACGUUUACCUAAACACAUUCGAGUGACACUUAAUGAAGAGGGUCGAGCUUUUUAUCUUAACAAUCGAACCAAACGAACCUCUUGGUUACCACCAGCGGCUUUUUGGGAGGAAUGUUGUAGCUACGGAAAUAGUGACCUUUGUCUUCCCUAUGGUUGGGAAGUUGCCUUCGAUUCGGAAGGUAAAUCGUAUUUCAUUAAUCAUUUAAACUCAACGACAACUUAUGAAGAUCCGCGAAAAGUGAUCAACACCGAUACGCUGAUUCCAGUACCAAGAGAGAUCACUUUAACCCGUGAUCCAGAGCUUGGAUUUGGCUUUGUAGCGGGUUCAGAGAAGCCCGUGAUUGUCCGGUUCGUCAAAGAAGAUGGACCUUCAGAGGGUAAAUUACUCGCUGGUGAUCAGAUUCUCAAAGUUAAUGGUGUUGAUAUGGUUGAUGCACCAAGAGAGGAAAUAAUCCGCCGGGUAAAGUGCUGUGAAUCGACCGUUACCCUAACCGUUUGUCAACCCUCGACACUUAAUUGUGGUUCCUCUCGUCGUUCAGCUCUUUUAACUGAAUCAGCUAAAAAAGCUCGUCUUGCUUUGGGUUAUACUCUUCGAGUCCGUUUCUCUGAACGAUUAGCACUCGAUGGAAAUCCUUUCUUUUCCUCUCCGUGUGAUUCCCCGUCGUCCAUAAUUCACAAUGUCCUUAAAGUUUAUCUCGAAAACAAUCAAACCAAAACAUUCAAGUAUAACACCUCAACCACUGUAGCUCAAGUAUUGGAAUCGUUGCUUAACAAAUUGGCCAUUCGUCAGCCGGAACAUUAUACUUUAUGUACGGAACACAUUCGUUCCCAUGGUAUAUCUAAAUUAACAAUUCUCAGUCCAGAAGAUACUUUAUACAAAAUCGCCUCUCGUCCGGGAAUUCAUAACCUACGAUGUGUCUUGAGAAUGUCAUUUGUAAGUCAAGAUUUAACCAGCCUUUUGAAUCGCGACUCAGGAAGCUUUGAUUAUCUUUACGCUCAAAGUUGUAACGAUUUUGUUCAGGAAAGAUAUUCAACUCAACUUAAUUACGAUACAACAUUGACCCUCGCAGCAUUGGCUUUACUUCAACAUUCACUGACCACCGGAUCAAUUGGUCGUCAAGGUAAAAUUGACCUGAAAAAGAUUGACAAAUCAUAUGGAUUGAACUUUGUACCUCUUUCCACCCUUGAAUCAAUGAAACGCAAAGAGAUGUACAAACUAUUGUCCCAUUUUAUCAAGCAAACCCAAAGUGACCUGGGCAAGGGUUACACUCCGUUACAAUGUAAGUCCGCUUUCUUGGAGAUAAUCAGUGGCCUCCCUGGUUUUGGAGCCAAAAAUUUCCCACUCAAUUCAAAAGAUUCCUCAUGUGGAGCAGUUAUCCUAAUCAGUCCAAAAUUCGGAAUCGCCCAACUAAAUCGAGGUGUCCUAAGACAAUCAGCACCGAUAACUCUGGCAUCUUUUGAUGAAGUAAACAGGAUUAGAGUAACAAGAGAUGAGGAAUUAGGAUUUAGAGUUGAUGUUUCCCUGCGAGAAUCAAAUUCACUUUCACCAACCGAAUCAAAUAUAAUCUCAAAUGAAUCGAAUGCUGGAUCACCAAGUGGACAUCAAUUAUCUUUCAUUUUUGAUGAAAUGGACGUUGAAGAGUUUGUUAUGUGCUUAAGAGGUUACCAUAGAUUAGCACAAAUGGAUAAUCCAGAUUACAAAGAGAUUAAAGUUAUAUGGGAAGUUGGAAAUUCUUGGUGGAGCGAUUCAGCUCCGUAUUAUCAUGAGGACCAUGUUGUUGAAGUUUCUUUCUGGAAUUAUCCUCCCGAUCAGAAUGGAGGUGAGACAAUGUUGGUCAAUUUCUCGAAUGGGCCACCGCCUUAUGAUCCUGAUCUUUUCUCAAGUAAAACAAUUAAACGGAAUAAAUUUCGAAUCUCAUCUAAAACCGAUGGAUUAACUGUGAUUAGUGGUGCUGAUUAUCGUCGUGGUUCAUCUGAAUCUGGUUGUUCAUCUUCGUCUUCAACAAUUACCUCAGACGAUAAACGCGGUUCCCUUUCCGGAAUAUCAACAACAAGUAGCGACGAUGCUUCAUCCUCUUCCGGUUAUCGUUCUCGUAACAGUAGUAUUUCAAUUAAGAAAGAUUUUGAUGAUUAUGAGGAUGACGAUGAAGAUCCAGAGGAAUCAUUAUCAUUAGAAUCAACUAAUUGCUUCAACAAAUUAAAAGCCGCUGAUUCAUUUGAGCUACUCCAUCAAAUUGGCCAUGGAAAUGGUCACAAUAAUAAACAAGGUGGUAAUGAUGAGACGAUUAAUGUACCAAGUGAAUCAAAUUUAUUAUCAUCACCUUCACAAAUGAACACCAACAAUUUAGUUAAUGAGAGCACUGAAAGUGAUCGGGAUACUUUUAAUUUAGAUGGUAAAUCAACAUCAUUUAAAAGCAAAGCAAAUCUAAAAGUAUCAAUACCCACACCGGGAAUGAGAAGCCGAUCAGGUUCAAGUUUCGGCCUGAGUACUCCGGAUGUUAUUCCCAAUCUAAUGGAGCCAAAUAACGGACUAAUGGUAACUUUAAGAAAGUUACGAUCUCAUGAGAAUCGAGAUGAAUUUGAAUUACCUUCAGCUGAUACAACGAUCUACCUGGGAUCAGAUAUGAUUGAUUUAACCGCUUUUCCACCUCCACCAUUAACUCCGGAAACAGCGAUAAUCAUUGAGCGAACCAAACAUCCGUUAUUACUUGAAGAUCCACCAACACCUUUUCGUGAACCCUUUUCUCAGGUUAAUAGUAGUAAAAGUAACCCGUUCUUCAGUUCAUUUGGACAAUUAAAGGUCAAUCCAAUUGCUGAGAAUACCUGUUCAGGUGAAGGUUCAAUAAGUUCACCGAUAAAUGAUGAUGAGAUGAAUGAUGAUACAAAUUCAAGUUCAUCUGAUCAGGAAAAAGUUUAUUACUCUUCGGAUAAUGAUGGUUCCAUUUCAACAGAGGGAAGGGAACAUGAAGCUUCAUCAUCAUCAUCAUGUUCAUCAUCAAGUAAUCCAAUUUGUCGAGACAGUGGCUGUCAAACAGAUGAUAAUGGUUACAUGUCACGAGAUGAAUACAAUUCGGACGAUGAGGAACAGUCAGAAUCAGAAUUUCCCUUCCAUAGUAAACCAAGGUUAUCCCUUGAAGAAUAUGAGAAAGAGACACUGGAAAAGAUUGAACAAGUUUCCAAAAAUACCAAGAAAUUGUAUCUCCUUGAAAUGGACGAAGCUUCUGAAUGUUAUUGGCAAAGUUAAUGGAAAAAGAGAAAGAUAUUAAUCAACAAUCAAAUCAAAAGAAAGAAAGAAAAACAAGAAACAAGGAAGAUAAUUAUUACUAUCGAGAAAAAAAAACUGUUCCUCUUACACCAACACACCAAUACAACUGAAUUAUUGAUUGAUUAAUAUUGGAGGAUAACAAUCAACCAUUUGAUUAAUUGAUCGUUACAAUGAUUUCUGAUGAAAAUAAUCACAAUAAUCUAAAUAUAAAUUGUUAACUGUAUCUCCUUUUGUUUUUCAAUUCAUUUUCUAACUUUAAUUUAUUUCAUGAUCAAUGUAAAACCAAUGUUAAUGUUAAUUGUUACAAUGUAAGCAUAAUGAUCAUCAAACAAUCAAGAAAAAUAUUGUUUAAUCAAAGUAAUAUCAACAACAAAUAGAGAGAUAAACUUUUAUGAUCAACGUAAUUGUAGCUUAACGUUUGUUGUUAAUUGUAAUUUACAAAAAGCCGAUUAAAGGUAAAAUUGAUUGGUUUUAUUGUUUAA